AUGCCGAGACUUGGCCCGCAUCGUAAAGUCACCUCACGGCAUUGUCCGCAACACCUCAGCCUUCACCCUGCUUAUCCGUUCUUUAUUGAGCACGAGAAGAAGUCUUGGAAAAAGACACUUCGUAUUGUAUUGCCACAUGUGGGCCUAGUAACGUUUUGCGUUUUUUAUGUGCUCGCUGGUGCAUGGUUCUUCUAUUUGAUUGAAGCUUCUGAAGAAAAGAUUAUGAGGAAUAAGGCUGAAAAUGAGAUACGGACGGAAAGGCACCGCUUAAUGGUAUCACUUUGGGAGCAGUCACGUGACAACCAAAGUGCAUGGGAAGAGAAUGCGUUGAGGUAUAUUGACAAUGCCACUCGUCUACUUAUCAGUUGGUUUCAACGACGUUACACAGCUGAUGAGCAACUCACUUGGUCUUUUCCAACAGCAAUAUUCUUUUGCAUUAGUAUGAUUACCACUAUCGGAUACGGUAAUUUAGUACCAUCAACAACACAAGGGCAAGUUGUUUGCAUUAUUUAUGGCAUUUUUGGCAUUCCUCUGAUGUUGAUUACUGUAGCAGAUGCUGGUAAAUUUAUCGGUGAUGCUCUAAGAUGUCUGAUGCGACGCGGUAAAGGCUCUGGAUUCGGUGAUAUCGUUCCGGAGCGUACCGAAAUGUUUCCCGUAACGAUUGCUUACAUUCUUGUCGGUCUUGCACUAGCGUCAAUGUGCAUCGAUACAAGUGCUGCUUAUUACAUUCGAAAAAUUCACUUCUUCGGACGUAAAAUGAAAUCAGCACAAGCAACCGUUUCUGACCUCAUCAGAUUAUCGGUGUUCAUAAAACGUCGUUAUCGACUCUCCGAAAAAGAAGUGAAUGAAAUGAGUCUUCAAAGUGCGUUAAAGCACAUGUUAGCCGCUUGUGAUGCGUAUGAGCCUGACGAUAUCAACCUCAUUUAUUAUAUCGAUCAUCCAUCUUCAGCAUUAUCACCGUCUGACGACGAGCAUCAUCUUGAGUAUACUCGUUGA